UUUGGCCAAUGAAAUGCUUUUAUACAUUUCGCAUGUUUGCCUUGUUUAGAUAGCAACCAACUGAUGGUAACCCUUGUAAACGACCACAGUUAAAAAGGCAAGGCGAACAUCAAUAAAGCUUUGCUAAAGGUCAUCAUGGCAACACAACUAAGACCGAUUGCCCGGCACCAGGUUCCGGAUUGGUUUAAUAACAGUCACACAAUUUCCACGAAUGCGGAAAGACAGAGAGAUGCAUCUCACCAAGUUAGACAAGAAAGUCGGUUUCUACGAAAUGAGACUGACAACCAAACGAAAUGGGAUCAGCAAGCAAAUAAUACCCGAUUAGCUGACCGUAUAGAUGAUAUCAGGAAAUGGAAAGAGAUUUUAGAAAAGACACUAGCUGAAUUAGACAAAGAAAUUGCAGAUCUGUCAGAUGCUAAAGAAAUGACAGAGCAUGCACUUGAAGCCAAGAACCUCCCUUCAGAUGUAGCUAUUGAAUGUCUUACUCUCAGAGAAGGAAGGCAGAGCAUCGAUGUUGUUCAAGAUGAGGUUGAAAAUCAACUCCACAAGGAAGUUGAAGUCAUUGAUGGGAUAAAGAAGGCACUACAACAGAAAGUCAAUGAAGGAUUUGAACAGCUAUGUCUGCUCCAAGAAGCUAGACAACAGAUUCAGGCAGAUCUUCAGGACAAAAAUCUAGCCCUUGGAAUCGAUGUUGACCAAUAUAACCUCACAGAUAGGUCACCUAACAUCAGCUUCAAGCCCGAUUCCCUUCGUGUGCCUAAAGGGAGUACCACACCUCAACAGUGGGAAGACUUCAGUCGUUACAACAAAGACCGUGCUGAUGCCGAGAUGAAGGCGUCUACAAGGCUAAGGGAGGCAAUUCACCACACCCUGCAGCAGUGUGAUAAUGAUCUGGAAGCCCAGAGAAUUGCCACAGAGUAUGCCUACAGGAAGCGCAUCCACGAGUUUGAAAGGGCCAAGGAUGAGCUCGAGUGGCAGAAAAAGAAUACAGAGGAAGAGAUUGCCGAGCUCGAGAAUGACAUCCGUGGUAUUGAGGAGAAGAUCCGUGAGAAGAGGAACCCCAUGAAGCUGGCUCAGACCCGUCUGGAGAACAGGACUUACCGUCCUAAUGUUGAGCUGUGUCGCGAUGCUCCACAGUACGGACUCACUGAUGAAGUGAAGCAGCUGGAGGCAACAAAACGUUCCCUGGAGGAGAAACUCAAACAGGCAAAACAUGCUCUUGAUGGUCUAGAAAACAACCUACACAGAAUCAAUGAUGACCUUGCUCAAAAGAUCAACUCUUUGAACCUUGAUAACCGAUGUAUGGAUGUGCGUAAGAAGCUUAUGACCCGUCCCCCAACUGCUCUGGAAAGGAAUCUGACUCUGACUGGAAUCCAGCGAGAGAGAUCACAGGUUCUUGCAUAAGAAUUCAGUGCUUAUAUUGGACUCAUCAGUAUUGGAACAAGAGGGGGACAUAUUUUAUACAAAGAAAUAAUAUUAACGUUAUUUAUACAUUCUGGAAAUGAAAAUCCAAUUACAACUUUGUCUUUCCAUCAGAAAAACCAACUGUGAUUUUAUUAUGUUGAAGAAAACAAGGAAAUUUGGUUACUGCUACAGAUAUUUUUGAACUUUUAUGAAACCUUUUUUUUCUAUUAUUGGAUUUUAAUCUGCUGUAUAUCAUUGUUUUUAUCAUACAUUAUUAUUGGUAUUUUGUGCCAGUUUUGUCCAUUUAUACGGAUAAAGGCAAAAACAAUUUCACACCUGUACACAAAAUUCUGUCAAAUACAGGCCUUUUUCCAGCUGUUAACGCUAGCUGUUGUGCUUAAUGUUUUGUUUAAAAUGUAUAUUUUUAAUUGUAUAUAUAUAUACAAAUAUUUCAAAUUUGUCUCGCUGGACGGAUCAUACACCAGUACGGGUGUACUAUAUGUACCUAGUAAACAUAUUCUCUGUAUGGGAUGUAUGAAUAAAAAUGAAACUGAAGUUGAAGUCAUGCUUGAGAUAUGAUUUUGUUCCACUUUGUUACACAACAAAGAACAAUUUAACUGGUCAGUGAUCACCAAAAGGCAAAUAAAGAGAUUUUCUGUGAUAAAAAACAAGAAAUGAAGAAAAUCAUUUUCAAACCCUGAUUAAAAAAAAAUAAACAUUUUAUAGUGAUAUCCAUAUAUAGAGUUGAAAAUGUCAUGAAAUUUGGAGGAGUUGAAUGAAUGUUUGUAUGAAUGCUUGUUAGAGAUGUGUGAAUCUGUUUUGUCUUGUUUUUCGUGAUCAUGCCAGCCCGAUCUGCCAGGCUAAUGUAUCUGUUGCUACAAAGCAUCCCACAUUUGUUAUUACACUGUCUAUGUUUACCAUGCACUUCCUGCACAUAUACCCACACAUAUAUCAAGCUUACCUAGUGAACAAAACUUUCUGUUUCAUUGCUUCUGUGCAAAGUCAUACUUACUUCAGUCUCAUUUUAUGUUUGAAGAAAUACUUAAUAUUCUAAAGGAAAAAAAGGAAAGCAAUCUUUGCAUUUAUAUAAGUAUUCAGUAUUUUUGUUGCACAGGUCAGAAAUAAUGCUAAUCAUCAAUAAAACUUUAACAGCAAGAUUUUAUCAGCAAUAAAUUCACCAGAGCCUGCAUGGGUAUUCCAAGCUGUCCAGAUCCUGCAAUAUUUAGGGCGCUGUGGUUGAGGGAGUAGAAUUGUUGGGAUGCUACACCAUAUAGUCACUGUAUAGAGACCUGUUAGUGUUUAUCAACUCUGUUGAAAUGGUUGCUAUUCAAUAAAUAUGUGUGAUUCUGUCAAA